AUGUUGUCAUGUCCAUUGCUUGGAGUCAGUACUCGUGGGUACGAGGACACUGGAGUUGAGAAAUUGAGAAGUUGGCUGUCUUCAUUUUUUUGCAGCGCUUCUGAUAAAUUGAGCAUUUCCGUUCAAUUUGCAACAGUAAAUGCUUUAUUUGGUGUUAUUCCUAUCAAGUUCGAAGAACUUGUGGAAAAUAAAGAUGAAACUACAGCAAUUUUAAGCCAAUCCAAUGCUGGCAAUUGUGUUAGGAUGUGGUUUUUCUCACUGAGUAGUGAGCAACAGUCGUCCUUCAGGCUUCAAGCUGCUAGUAUGACCAAUUGCAAUACUGUGUCCCCUUCUAGGAAAGUGUGUUUUGAUUCAACUUUGUAA